CGCCGCCGCCGGGAUCGUCAGGCCGGAGCCGGGGCCGAGCGGGCGGCUGGGGGCUCGGCGCGGAGGCUCGCGGCGCCCGGGCCGGCGGGGUCCGGCCGGGCCGGCAGCGGCCGCAGCGGCGGGAAGCGGGAGCGGCGCAGACAAAGAGCGGCGUCUGGCGGGCGCGGCCGCCACCCCGGCCCCGCCGCUGCCCUCCGGCCUCCGGGCGGCGAGCGCGAGUGAAUUAAAGAGUUGGAAAGGCGGGUCAGCACUUCCCGCCCAGCACAGCAGUGCCCACGGGCUCCGGGGAAGGAGCCACAUGAUCAGAUAGUGACAGCAUCGCCGUGACAGCCCGCUCCGCCGGCCCCUGAGGACCUGUGACAGGGUUUCCUGUUCCUUUACUACGAGAGAGUUCCCAGACCAGAGCGCCGAGGAAGGCUGGCUGGGUCUGAGAGUCUGUCCCUGCGGGUGUGACUGCUGGAGGCGCCGCCCGGUUCUGAGCGGCCGGUCAUCUCGUAGCUGAGCGCCAGGGGGGGACUCCAUGAAAAUGACAGAGGAGGUCAUCGUGAUAGCCAAGUGGGACUACACGGCCCAGCAGGACCAGGAGCUGGACAUCAAGAAGAACGAGCGCCUGUGGCUGCUGGACGACUCCAAGACGUGGUGGCGCGUGCGCAACGCUGCCAACCGGACGGGCUACGUGCCGUCCAACUACGUGGAGCGGAAGAACAGCCUGAAGAAGGGCUCGCUGGUCAAGAACCUGAAGGACACGCUGGGCCUGGGCAAGACGAAGAGGAAGACGAGCGCGAGGGACGCGUCCCCGACGCCCAGCACGGACGCCGAGUACCCUGCCAACGGGGGCGCCGACCGCAUCUAUGACCUCAACAUCCCCGCCUUCGUCAAGUUCGCCUACGUGGCCGAGAGGGAGGACGAGCUGUCCCUGGUGAAGGGGUCGCGGGUCACCGUCAUGGAGAAGUGCAGCGACGGCUGGUGGCGGGGCAGCUACAACGGGCAGAUCGGCUGGUUCCCCUCCAACUAUGUCCUGGAGGAGGCGGACGAGGCGGCCGCGGAGUCGCCCAGCUUUCCGAGCCUGCGGCGGGGCGCGCCCCUGAGCAACGGCCAGGGGGCGCGGGUCCUGCACGUGGUCCAGACGCUGUACCCCUUCAGCUCGGUCACCGAGGAGGAGCUCAACUUCGAGAAGGGAGAGACCAUGGAGGUGAUCGAGAAGCCGGAGAACGACCCCGAGUGGUGGAAGUGCAGAAACGCCCGGGGGCAGGUCGGCCUUGUCCCCAAAAACUACGUGGUGGUCCUCAGCGACGGGCCGGUCCUGCCCCCCUCGCACGUCCCGCAGAUCAGCUACCCGGGGCCGGCGGGCAGCGGGCGCUUCGCGGGCAGGGAGUGGUACUACGGGAACGUGACCCGCCACCAGGCCGAGUGCGCCCUCAACGAGCGCGGCCGCGAGGGCGACUUCCUCAUCAGGGACAGCGAGUCCUCGCCCAGCGACUUCUCCGUGUCCCUCAAAGCGUCAGGGAAGAACAAGCACUUCAAGGUGCAGCUCGUGGACAGCGUGUACUGCAUCGGGCAGCGGCGGUUCCACACCAUGGACGAGCUGGUGGAGCACUACAAAAAGGCCCCCAUCUUCACCAGCGAGCGCGGGGAGAAGCUCUACCUCGUGCGGGCCCUGCAGUGACGCCGGCCUCGCUCCAGCCUCGGCGCCGCACUCGCUCCCCAGGCUGCUGGGUGGCCCCUCUGCACCGCCACUCUGUCCGGGGCCGCCUCUGCCUGGCCGGUCUCUCUGUCCAGGCCGUUGUCUCCUCCUGCUCCU